AUGGAGUUGGUGGAUCCUCCCACAAUAGGAGGAAAGUUCACUUGGAGAAAUAUAUGUGGUAGUGCUAUGAGUAGAUUGGAUAGAUUUCUUCUUUUGGAUAAGUUCAUUGAUGAUUGGAAGGUAGAAGGCCAAACAAUAGGUGAAAGGGAUGUUUCGGAUCAUGCUCCAAUAUGGAUGAAAGAUAAUAAAAGAAAUUGGGGGCCUAAAUCUUUUAGGUUUAACAAUCUCUGGUUUAAUCAUGAUAAUUUCAUUCAUUUUGUAGAGGUGGAAUGGAAGAAGAUUGUGGUGAUGGGAAGAGGAGAUUUUUGUUUGGUUGAGAAAUUGAAAGCUCUAAAAAGCCAAAUUGUCAAGUGGAAUAAGGAGGUGUAUGGGUGGAUAAAUCUCAACAUUGAAGAGGCGGGUAAAGAGAUGCACUUUUUAGAUAACAAGUUUGCUCAUUUUGCAGGUAAUGUUUCGGAGGAGGUGGUGGUAGAAAGAUCUAUAGUGGCAAUCGAUUUUUGGGACAACCUUUGCAAAAAAGAAGGCUUUCUUCGUCAAAAAUUGAGGCAAUUAUUAUUAACCGAAGGUGAUUGUAACACUUGUUAUUUCCACAAUUCUCUAAAAGAUAGAAGAAGGAGGAAUUCUUUGUGUGCUCUUGAUUCUAGAGGGGGGAUAUUGAAAAAAGUUAGUGAAGUUAAAGGAUUUAUUUUCAAUCAUUUCAAAUCUUUCUUCAAUGAGGAGGCGGAGGGGAGGCCGAAUCUUAGUGGUUUGUCUUUAAAGGCGCUUAGUGGUUGGGAGAGUUUGAAUAUAGAAAGAUUGUUCACGGAGUUGGAAGUUAAAGAUGCAAUUUGGUCGUGCGAUGGAAACAAAAGCGCGGGACCGGAUGCUUUGAUUCCAAAAAUCAACAAUACGCAAAAUUUAGGAGAGUAUCUUCCCAUUUGUUUGGUGGGAAGUAUCUACAGAAUCAUUUCGAAGAUUUUGGCGGCUAGAUUGAAAGAGGUAAUUGGUACUUUGGUCUCUAACAAUCAAACCGCUUUUGUUUCGGGUAGAAACAUGAUGGAUAGUGUUUUAUUGGUUAAUGAGUUAAUUGAUUGGUCGAGAAGGAAGAAAAGAAGUUGUAUCUUACUAAAUGUGGACAUCGAAAAGGCUUAUGACUCAGUUUCUUGGAAAUAUCUUAGAGACAUGAUGAUGAGAAUGGGUUUUGGUGAUAUGUGGAUGAGAUGGAUGGAUACUUGUAUUUUUAUGAGUCACAUGUCCGUUUUGGUCAACGGGAGCGCAACGAAGGAAUUUAAGGUUCAUAAAGGUUUGAGACAAGGAGAUCCUUUGUCCCCGUUCCUCUUUGUUCUUGCUAUGAAAGGUUUAAAAGCUCUUGUGAGAAAAUCGAUAGAGAUGGGGGAUUUAAAACCUUUCAAUUAUGGGGAAGAGGAUUAUGUGGACAUAUUGCAAUUUGCGGACGACACUAUAAUUCUUGGAGAAGAUUCGUGUGAUAAUCUUUGGAAUAUGAAAGUUUUGUUGAGAGGCUUUGAGUUAGUUUCCGGUUUGAAAACCAACUUUGCUAAAAGUAAUAUCCUUGGUGUUAACGUUGGUGAUUGGUUCAUUAACGCCACAACGACGUUUCUUUCUUGCAAGAAAGGCGGAAUUCCUUUCAAAUUCUUAGGAAUCAUGGUGGGGGAGAGUCUUAGAAAGAAGAAAGUAUGGUUGGAAGUGAUAAACAAAAUAAAGGGGCGUCUUUCAUCUUGGAAGGGAAGCAACAUAUCUAUGGGAGGUAGAGUUCCUCUUAUUAAUUUGGUUCUAAAUGCAAUUCCAACCUUUACACUAUCCUUUUUCAAAGCUCCGGGAAAGGUCAUAAAAGAGAUAAGAAGGCUUCAAAGCGAUUUUUUAUGGAGUGAGAAACUUGAUAAAAAGAGUAUUCAUUGGGUGAAGUGGAAGAACGUUUGUAGAUCAAAAGAGAAGGGCGGGCUAGGAGUGCGAGAUGUAGGGGAGGUGAACAAAGCUCUCCUUUUAAAAUGGAAGUGGAGAAUUUUGAGGAAGGAUAAUGCCAUUUGGAGUAGAUUUCUUUUGUUGAGGUAUCAUUGUCCUAAACUAAAGGUUCAAGUACCUAGUGGAGAAAUGAGUAGAAGUGAUGAUUCUAUUUGGUGGAGGGAUAUUAACAAAAAUAAUGUGAUAGAUGACCUCGUUGAUAGCGCGGAUGUCUUGGUUUGGACCAAUGGUACUCACAAAUGGAAUUUGGAGGCUUUGUUUGGCAGCAGUACAACCCAUGGUACAGCGGUUGUUGCUGUUACGACAGCUAGGCCUUGCUGGAAUCAGUUUUGUGCCAAGUUGGAUAGCUUCACUCCGAGCAAAUUGGAGAACGGUACCUUCUUGUGGUGCAUAAACCUGGAAAAGGAGUUUUCGGUUGCUAGCAUUUCAAAUAUUGUUAGUGUUUCAAAAUCCUUUGCUUGGGCACCUUACUUGUUUAAUUUGUUGAAGGUGAUGUGGGAGCUUAAAAUUCCCCCUAAGCUGAAAGUUUUUGCUUGGAGAUUUUUCAUUGAAAGACUACCUUCUAAAGAUCAGUUGAUGAAAAGGGGAGUCAAUACCUUCACAAAUACGGAUUGCGUUUUUUGUGGCAACCAUCCGGAGAAUUUUUCUCAUCUCUUUUUUAAUUGUCAAGUGGUGAAAGAGAUUUGGAAACACAUAUAUGGUUGGUUGGGUAUUAUGGUGGAGCUUAAUGGAGAGGAGUUCAUGGAUUUUGGUGCAAUUCAAGAAAAAGUGAAGAAGGCUAAUCAUAGGGUGAAUAUCAAUUUUGUUUGGAUAGCCAUCAUUUGGUGCAUAUGGCUUAUGAGGAAUGCCGUAAUCUUUAAGGGGAAGGUUUUUUGCUUUGAUGUGGUUUGUUCUAAUAUCAUCUUCCUCUCUUGGAAAUGA